AUGCGUGAAAUAAUUGGAGUGAGGUGGAACAAGUCGCGUCUAGAGCGGUCGUCUGCCAAGACCCCUGAGCCCCCAAUGGCAAGACCCAAAGUUCGACUUCGCGAGGGUGACGUGGAAGCGUUCCGCAACGUGGCGCAUAGCGUGAUUUCUCGAACUUUGGCUCGCGAGUGCGAGUACCGUCGUCAAGGAUGCCCGGAACCCGAUGUACAAGAGUGGAAGCUGGUCAAGCGGCACAAAGGACUUCGCGUCCAGGAGAACGCACUAGCACGAGCACCGACUGCCAUUUGCAUCGGCACAAUUGACGGCUCGCUCCAAGACGUUCUCUAUGGUCUCCACACCAAGACCCGUCGAGAAAUGCAUGUGACCAACACGGUUAUGAACAAAGAUCAUCUCGAGUGUGCUGUAUUGUCAGUGAUCGAGCAUGGAUCAGACCGGGACCCGUUCAAGCAGCUCGCACUUAAGUGGAUCCUCGCACAGAAUUUUGGAGACAUGAAGUGUGGCAAUUACCACGACGUGUGUUCUAUCGAGUCCACGGGCACAGGAGUUGAUGGUGGGGGUCAGCGCUUCGGCUACCGACUGAUCAAAAGUGUGGAUCUUGCUGAAUACCCACAACUGUCCACAAGUAACGACGUUGUGCGUGUCAGGAUGACUAUGUGCUGGAUCUUCCGACAAGAAGCCAACUCGCGCACUGUGCGUGUUUACUCCAAGGGAAUGCUGGACAUGGGCCAAAAAAUCCCCUCGUUUGGGCCCAAUAGCGACGCCACUUGCACGAUGAUGUUGUCCAUCGCCAGUGCGACGGAGAUCGCUGAAGCUAAACGACUGACCUUACUAGCUCUGCAACGAGCAGAGUACGACGCUUGUCUGUCUCAACGAACAUGCGAGGCUGAGGAUUCUUGUCGCGAGACAGAGGCGACGGUCACGUCUCCACUACCAGCACAAGGAAGUUUUGAUCCACGCGAGUCUUUCCUACAGAAAAUGCCUUCGGAUCCGUGUUCCGUGUGUGGGAAGAAGCCAGCCAUGUCAAAGUUCGUUCGUGCUUCGCAUCGUAGCUGUGGAGUCUGCAAACAACCAGUAUGCCACAAGUGCCACGUCAAGCGCAGAUUAGUUGCUCGGUCAGUCGCACUUGUAGUAGCUUGCUGUAAGAUCUGCAUCAUCGCGUCCAAGCGCCUGCGUGUGGAUCCACGCGACCCAUGCCCCAUGCUCACGGUAUAG